AUGGUGUGGAGGCAAGCCGUGGGUCGAGUUGAGGAUCGUUUGCAAAAGACAGGGGCCGCUCGGCUGGUGUUCCUAUUGGGUGGUGGUCCCGGAAGCGGCAAAACCACGUUGGCAGAGGCGGUAGUCGAGCAACUGAAUUCUAAACAUGGUGCUGGCUAUGCUGUGGUGGUUGGAAUGGAUGGGUACCAUAUUCCCCGAGCUUGUCUGAGUGGGGAAGAACUUAGACGACGAGGGGCCCCGUGGACAAUCGAUGGUGUUGGUUUUGUGGAGGCGGUGAAGUCGUUGAAAAGGGCAUGGCGUGAAGAGCAAGACUUGUGGUUGCCCAUGUUCGACCACUCUACGAAGGACCCCGUCAAACGAAGUGUGUGUGUUCCAAAAACCGCGCAAGUCGUAGUGGUGGAGGGGCUUUACGUUCUGCUCUCUACAGCCCCCUGGAACCAAGUCAGAACGUAUGCUGAUGAAGCUUGGUACCUUCCAGUCGAUGACCAAGUCGCGAAGGAACGACUAGCCAAGAGGCAUUUUAGGGCCGGCAUCGUUUCUUCUUUGGAAGAGGGACGGAUCCAAACCGAGUUGAAUGACGAGAAGAAUGCCCGAAUAAUCAGAGGACAAUUGAAUACGGAAGAUGUCAUCUUCCUGAAUCCAAUCUAA